CGGAGGCAGGAAAGGGGGGGGCCGCGCAUGCGCCAGGUACGGCGGUGGUGGCGCCUCCGUCGUCAGGGAAGCGGCUGGUGGUGGCGGUGGUGGUAGAGGAGGUUUUCUCUGCUUACGUCUGUAAGUCAAAGCCGGAGUUGUUCUUGUCACCUCUUCCUUUCAGUGUUUGUAAGAGAACUGAGAAGAUGGUGAAUGUUCUGAAAGGUGUUCUGAUUGAAUGUGACCCAGCAAUGAAGCAGUUUCUGCUCUACUUGGAUGAGUCAAAUGCAUUGGGAAAGAAGUUCAUCAUACAAGACCUGGAUGAAACUCAUGUCUUUGUGUUAGCCGAGUUGGUUAACUUCCUCCAGGAGAGAGUGGGCGAGUUAAUGGACCAGAACUCUUUUCCUAUUACUCAGAAGUAACAAGACUAGAGAAAUGAGAUUACUGCGAGUUUUGGAAUGGUGAAUUUCAGUAGCUUGGCUUGUUGCUGUUUUAAUAGAUACACUGUGGUUAGUAAGUUCUAUAUGGACAUGGCUACUCUAUAAAAUGGAUCAUUUUCAUAGGCAAGAUACACUUGAAUUGGAUUUUAUUUCUCAUUUUGAAAGAUUAUGGUAUCUUUAUUAAAAUCCUUAAAAUGAUACACUUGAGGACUUGCCUAGAGAAUUUUUCACGCAUGCUUUCUGUUUUUUCCUUUAGGAUUUUUGUUUCGCAAGUUGGUAUGACCAAAAGAUUAAUGAGUAGAUUUUCUGUGUUGGAAUGCUAUAUGAACUCCUCUGAUGUGUUACAUUCCUGUGGAAUUCAUUAAAUCUGGUUCUAGUGUGACUGACAGAAUGUAAGGAAUGUCUGUUAAAGUAUGAUUUCUGCUUGAUGGAACAUCCCCGUAAGUUGAAGGCAUGGUCAGAUACUGCUUUAACUUAAUGGGGUUUAUACACCAAAAUGAAAGUUGGUAUGAGUUUUCUUUUGGGUUUUUGUUGUUGUUUUUGGCAUUUGUGCUCCCCCCGCACCCCCUCCAACAUUUUAAAAAUGCACCAUACUGCUUGCCUCCUUUUA